AGGAGGUGGUUGUCAGCGCGGCUCUCAUUAAUGCUGGAUCGCUAGCAAACAAAACCUUCAUCCUUAAUGAUUUCUUCACAUCGCGGGACUGGAUCUCAUGUUUCUGACGGACACUUGGCUGCGAGCGGAUAUCUACUUUUGUCGUGAUGACACCGGAGGACCUCUUGAACACCCUGGAUGAUCUGGGAGAGGAUGAUUUCAUUAAAUUCAAGUGGUUCCUGCAGCAGGCCGACAGCCUUCACGGUCGCCCAACCAUCAAGAAGAGCCGACUGGAGAUGGCAAACAGGUGGGACACUGUGGAUCUGAUGGUGCAGACCUACAGACUUCCUGGAGCUGUGGAGGUGACCAGGAAGGUUCUGGAGAGGAUCAACAGGAACGACCUGCUGCAGAGUUUGUCUGCUAGCAGCUCACAAGCAGGAGAGAAGAAACAACCAUCGUCCUCUCUGACCCAGACUCGUCCUCCUCCAGCUGAAGGUGUGAUGGUUCCAGUUCCUGAGCUACAACCGAUCACGUAUUACCAACAGAUGCUUCAAUCAAACUUCCAGGACACGUUCAUGUGUGCACAAGAAGGCUGGGCAGAAGAUCAACCACGUCUGGUUGAUAUCUACACCGAGCUGUACAUCACAGCUGGGUGUGACGUACACAUCAACACACAGCAUGAGGUCCGGCAGAUUGAGACCGGGAGGAAGCCAGCAGACACGAAGACACCAGUGAAGCACAGUGACAUGUUCAAACAUCCUUCUGGAGAGUACAGACCCAUAAAAACAGUGCUGACUAAUGGAAUUGCAGGAAUUGGAAAAACAUUCCUCGUCCAAAAGUUUGUGUUGGACUGGGCUGAACAAAGGUCCAACCAAGAUGUACAUCUUCUUUUUCCCUUUACCUUCAGACAGCUGAAUCCACUGAAAGGAGAAAAGUUGAGUUUGGCAGAGCUCAUUCAUGAAUGCAUCCCAGAAACUUUAGACAUCACAGGUGAGGCUCUUAACUCCAUCUUUACAACUCUGCAGUCAUCAGGAAACAGCAACUAUGACAAGAGCAAAUUCAAGCUUCUGUUUGUGUUUGACGGACUGGAUGAGAGCCGCCUUCAUCUGGACCUUCAUGCUGACCGCAUUGGCUCUGUUGAUGUAACAAAAUCAACUACAGCCCAUGUCCUACUGAGGAAUCUUAUCAGUGGAAAGCUGCUACGCUCAGCUCGCAUCUGGAUAACUACACGACCUGCAGCAGCCAAUCAGAUCCCUCGACAGUUUAUCAGCUGUACCACUGAAGUCAGGGGCUUUACUGACCCUCAGAAGGAGGAGUACUUCAGGAAGAGGUUCAGAGAUGAAGAGCAGGCCAACAGAAUCAUCUCCCACAUCAAGAGAUCACGAAGCCUCCACAUCAUGUGCCACAUCCCAGUCUUCUGCUGGAUCACUGCUACAGUUCUGGAGGAUGUGCUGGAAACCAGAGAGGGAGGAGAGCUUCCCAAGACCCUGACUGAGAUGUACACAGAGUUCCUGCUGUUUCAGAUGGAUCGGACAAGAGACAAGUACGGUCCAGAGAGGUGCAUCCAGUACAUUAAGUCAUUAGCUAAACUGGCUUUUCAUCAGCUGGAGACGGGCAACCUGAUCUUCUACGGGAAAGACCUGAGAGAGAGUGGCGUUGAUUUCAGAGAAGCCUCAGUGUGCUCAGGAGUGUUCACAGAGAUCUUCAGAGAAGAGCGUGGAAGAAAUGAGAGAGACAAGAUGUUCAGCUUUGUCCAUCUGAGUGUUCAGGAGUUUCUGGCUGCUGUUUAUGUGAGGAUGUCACUUAUUAACAACAACAAAAGCAAGAUGUCUUUCCCACAACGGUCACUGAAAAACCUUCAUGUACUUUUAAUUAAAACUUCUUCAAAGAAGAUCCACAGGAUUUACAUCGACAAGGCCUUACAGAGUCCCAGUGGCCACCUGGACUUGUUCCUCCGGUUUCUCUUGGGUCUUUCUAUGCAGACCAAUCAGGAUAAACUAAAAGACCUGCUAAUAAAGUCAGACUUUAGCUCAGGGACCAAUCAGAAAACAGUUGAGUACAUCAAGGAGAAGCUCAGUGAGAAUCUGUCUGCAGAGAGAAGCAUCAAUCUGUUCCACUGUCUGAAUGAACUGAACGAUGGUUCUCUAGUGGAGGAGAUCCAACAGUCCCUGAGAUCAGGACGUCUGUCCCCAGAUGUUCUGUCUCCUGCUCAGUGGUCGGCUCUGGUUUUCAUCUUACUGUCAUCAGAGGAAGAUCUGGAGGUGUUUGAGCUGAAGAAAUACUUAGCUUCAGAGGAGGCCCUUCUGAGGCUGCUGCCAGUGGUCAAAGCCUCCAACAAAGCUCUGCUGAGUAGCUGUAAUCUCUCAGAGAGAAGCUGUGAAGCUCUGUCCUCAGUUCUCAGCUCCCAGUCCUCCAGUCUGAGAGACCUGGACCUGAGUAACAACGACCUGCAGGACUCAGGAGUGAAGCAGCUGUCUGAUGGACUGCAAAGUCCUCACUGUAGACUGGAGACCCUCAGGCUGUCAGGCUGCAUGAUCUCAGAGGAAGGCUGUGCUUCUCUGGCCUCGGCUCUGACUUCCAACCCCUCCCAUCUGAGAGAGCUGGACCUGAGCUACAACCAUCCAGGAGACCUGGAGGUGAAGCUGCUGAUGGCUGGUCUGAAAGAUCCUGAGUGGAGGCUGGAGACUCUCAGGUUGGAACAUGGUGGAAAGCAGAGGAUCAAACGUGGCCUGAAGAAGUACUUCUGUGGACUGAAAGUGGACAUAAACACAGCCAACAGGAACCUCAGAGUGUCUGACGAGAACAGAAAGGUGACACGGAUGGAUGAAGAAGAACCGUAUCCCGAUCACCCCGAGAGGUUCGACACCUGGAAACAAAUUCUUAGCACAGCUGGUCUGACAGGUCGCUGUUACUGGGAGGUGGAGUGGGAGGGAUGGGUGUAUGUGGGACUGACCUACAGCACAAUCAGAAGGACAGGAGGCAGUAGAGACUGCUGGCUUGGAUGGAACGAUCAGUCGUGGAGUCUUAGAUGCUCUGAUGAAGGUUAUUAUGUCUGGCACAAUAAUGAAAGGACAGAUGUCUCCUCCUCUUCCUCCUCCUCCUCCUCCUCUGUCUCUAACAGAGUAGCAGUGUAUGUGGACUGUCCAGCUGGAACUCUGUCCUUCUACAGAGUCUCCUCCGACUCCCUGAUCCACCUCCACACCUUCAACACCACCUUCACCCAUCCUCUCUACGCCGGGUUCAGAUUAUUUGCUCGGUCCUCCGUGUUUCUGUCGUCGCUGCAGGAACAGAAAUCUCUUUCUGUGUGAGUUUCUCAUCAGCUGUGGAAGAAACAACUCGGACCAUCAUGAUCUGAAAACCAUCAAAAGAUUCAACCUUGUGCCUGGAAAAGUUUCCAGUGUGGUUCAUGUCCUUCUACUAAUAGUACAUCCCAUCUGUGGUGACGCUGGUGGGACAAACAGCCCAGCAGAAAAGACACAUCUAGAAAUCAAUGCUUCAGGAUGGUAUUAAUCAACAGAUGACCAGAAGAUUGAUCCUGAAGGAGAACUUAACCCUUGUGCCCUCCUCACAUUUACUACCCUCUGGUGACCUUUGUGGCCAAAAGUGUCCACAAAGAAAAACUGCUAUAAAAUCAUCAUACAUCAAUAUUUUUUCUGUUUCGAGGUGUCCCUGAGGAAGACACCGAACCCCAGAUGGCUCCUGAUGAGUCGUAGUCGAGCACCUUGUAUGGCAGCUUCUGCCAUCAGUGUGUGAAUGUGUGUGUGUAAAGCUAUGUGGGUAUUUUUCUAUCUUUAAUUAACAGCGUAAGUGUUUGCUUUGAGAGCAAGAUUUCUGGUUUUGAUGCUCAAAUAUCAUCGUUCUCUCUCUCAAAACUCUGCUCUCAGACUUGGUCUCUUUCCCUCACACUGACACACUUUCUCUCCUCUUAAAACUUCUGCUCUUGGAUAUUUUUGGGUUGCAGAACGAGCUGUCUGUCAAACCUCCUCCAGCCAAUAGAAUACGAGAUCGUUCAAACAAAUGGUCCUGGCCUUCGUUAGGGUGCGCUUGUUUUACUUCACACGGUGACUCCACACUCUUAACCCAGAUUUAGUUUGAACAUAAACGUUUUAGUAGUGACUAAUUAUUAUUUUAUCUUUUAUAUAACAGUGUCUCAUUAAUAAAACAAGAUGUUUCUAAUAGUUUUCUACAUUGUGCCGUGUAAUAAUAAUGAUUAGCCAAGAAAACAACGUUUCUGCUCCGAGCUGACAAAGCUGGCGCAGAGACUGCAGCCGUCUACAGAGACAACGUGUCCCUAUGCGAAGCGUGUCCUGUGGUAAUUCCUGAUUCCGAUUGGAAUGAGCUUUAACAAACUGUCAUACCAUCACCUUGCUGGCAAAAUCAUCUCAUCUUUGACAAACUCAGAAACGAUGAAAACCCUACCAUCACCACAGAAGAAUGACACCGUGUCAUUCUGGAGCUGCAGUUUUCCUGCUCUGCUGAUGUCCCAACCCGAACUACUGCCAUCGAUGUGGGCGGCGCCAGGCCCGUCAAACAGCACCCGUUUCGACUGAACCCCGUACAACGGGCUUUGAAAAGAAUGAGACUGAGUACAUGAUGGAACAGGGGUUUGUAAAACCUAGCACUAGUCCUUGGAGUUCCCAAAUCUCCUACAAACGAGACCCGAUGUCUCGCCUCGCCUUAUAACCCACUUCCGUAAAGUCAGUGCCAUUAGCUGGUCUGCACUGUUUUUCUUCUUUUCAGACACAGAACUUCCUGCUUCCUGGUUGGUCAUCGGCUGCUUAAAGACAUGAUGCAGGAGCUAAAUGACAUGAUAAAGCCAGCUCGCUCAGCCUUUCUCUAUAGCAGGGAUCUCCAACUCCUGCAGGUUUUGGAUUCUACCCUGAUGCAACACACCUGACUCAAGUCACUGGCUCAUUAACAGGCUUGUGCAGAGGUGUGUUGUAGUAGGAGACAUCUAAAACCUGCAGGACAGUAGCUCAGGAGGACCGGAGUUGGAGAGCCCUGCUCUAUAGUCUUGUUUCUUGUAAUAAGAAAAAUCUGAAAGUCUUGUCUGACACCAGAGAAAACCUUGUUGCAGCCUCAGCUCCUCAUGUGGCUGCAUACUCACAGGACUGGAAUAACUUUCUGAAUUGUUUCAUGAACACAGUAAAAGACAUCAGGCUGGUGUUAAUCUUCUUCACCUGUGAGCUCUUGGUCUUCCUUCACUCCUGCCAGCCUACAGGAUGUACUAGUCUUAGUGGGCAAGAUGAAACCGUGCAAAGGCGGCUGCUGGUGGUGACUGGACUACCCUGCAACAGACGGAGUACGUUUUUCUGUUGAACCGGUGCCUGGUAAAUAAAAACCUUUUGGAUUGGAUUCUGCGGUCCUCGCCUCACUGUUUUCCAGCCGAUUUCGUUAGCUUCCAGUCACAUUUCGUCUUGACUUUAAAAUGUUAGUUUUGUCUCUCCGGGCGUCCCUCAUGGUCGCUGACUUGCUGUGUCCCUGUUCCUCAGGGAGCACCUUUUCUUCUUCAGACCAGAGCCCCCUGGAGGUCCCAAAGACCCGUUUUAAAACCCAGGAGACCUGGUAUCCAGACUCUGGAAUGUCCUGCCCCGUCCCCCCAUGUGGUCGACUCCGUGGACUCUUUUAAAAAGGAGUUUUGUUGAUUGGUUUUUAUUUAUUUUAUGAAAUUAUUAUGUUGUUUUGUUGCAGCCAUGUCCUGCACUUUGAGAUUUUUAUCUGUGAAAAGAGCUUUAUAAAUAAGCUUU